AAUUGUGUCCAUAUUUAGUUAGCUUUAUAUUUUUGAGAGAAAAAAUUAUCUAUUUUUCCCCAUUUAGAGAAAAACAACUCCGCCAUCACAUAAUUAGAAUAAAGGCCGUAUUACAUACAACAGAAAGAGAAAGAAAGAGGGAGAGCGAGACAGAUGAGAAAAGGAAGACAAAUAAAAUAAAAAUUCGCCACACUUUUCGAGAAUAAGAAGCGAUUUAAUCCCGAAUUAUCUUUCGGAAACAAACAGACCAAAUCACAACAAGAAAAUGGACCAAGGAAGGCAAAGUUCACAAUUUCCCACCGUGUACCGCGGGGCAGAUAUUUUCAAAUUGUACCCGUGCCAUUAUCUGUGAUGGCGAGACAGACCAAAUUUUCCGUAUUCAGGCAAAUGGUGUUUUCUUCCUUUUCCAACUGACAAGGCAUUUCUGAAGGGUGAGCUUCGAAACGACUUUAAUAAUAAACCAACACAGUACAUAGGUAAAGGCCGUCACGGAAGGGAGAUAAGAGACGACUCAUGGAAUCUACAGACUGAAAAGUUUCGACCAUCGGGUAGUUAAGUAUUUACUGUCAAUUUCCGCUUACCAUGCUCAACAUCGUCUAGUGAGAAAUUCAGGUUGUACAGGUAUACACACUACUCUGGUUAUGUACAAUGCGAUGUAUCCUACAACACAUGCUGUACACUUAACUUCCCAGGCAACCCUCAAUGAAGGUCGACACUUCUCUAGUUCUUCUGGUUUAGACUUGAUACACAUCAUGGACGGAGAGUAUGCACAGAGAAAAGAAUACUUUUUCCCACCUCACGGUGCCAUCAACUUUUCUCACAAUGGAUCAACCAAACAUGUAAUGCCUCCUUCACACAACGGAAAAACAUAUUAUAAUACUUCUAAAAGAGAAAACUGGAGCUCAAGAAAUCAGAACAAACCCAAAAGGUUAAACCAUGUUAUAUCUGCACCAUGUAUCCCUACUGCUUUAACAGAAGAAUCUGGUGAAAAUGGUACGUCAAGAUCAAACCAAAAUCCCUGUUUACAAAAUACAUUUGCUGAUGGCCUUAAAGAUGAUUCAAGUGACAAGUCAAGCAAUAGUGACUGUAAAAUUGUCACGAGAUUAAAUGAAAUUCAAAAUCAGAAGCAUACAGUGCAUGGAAAUAAUAGAAAUCAGCAACGAAAUGAGAGGAGGAAUGAAGUGUCUAGUUAUCCAAAAAGGCGUAUGAACAAUUAUCCUCGAAGUCCCCCGAUGGGGGGGUACAGAACUCGCCGAAUGAACAAUAUAAUGAUUAAUGUCCCAUCUCCCUUUCCACCCAAUAAUUUUAUAAAUUUCAGUUCAAUGUUUGCACCAUUUUAUACUGCCCCUGAUCGUUUUCUACACAGAGCUCAUUUAAUGGAAGUUAAACACACACCAGAGGGACUUAACUGUGGAUCAAUUUGGGACCAACUCUCUCAGGCUAUUUGGAAAAAAUUUAUUACAAGUCAACAAACUGAAGAAACUUACAGAAGAAAAAUGGGCUUAUGGAAAUGUCUGUAUGUUUAUAUAAAGACUUACUUCCCGAAAUAUGGAUUGUAUUUAGUUGGCUCAACUAUGAGCGGCUUUGGUAGUGAAUGCAGUGAUGUGGAUAUGUGCUUACUUAUAAGACAUGUUGAGGUUGAUCAGCGAAGUGAGGCCAUUUCUUAUCUCAGUGACAUUUACAAACUGUUGGAACACUGCGAUUUUGUUGAAAAGUUAAAACUUAUUCAGGCCAAAGUCCCUCUUUUAAAGUUUCGGGAUUGUAAACAAGGUUUACAAGUGGAUCUGAAUUGCAACAAUUCAGUUGGCAUUCGAAAUACACAUCUCUUAUAUUGUUAUGGAAGAAUGGAUUGGCGUGUCAAACCUUUAAUUGUCAUAGUCAAGCUUUGGGCACAAUGGCAUAAUAUCAACGAUGCUAAAAACAUGACAAUAUCAAGUUACUCCCUUGCUCUAAUGGUCAUUCAUUUUUUACAAUGCGGAGUGAGUCCUAAAGUUCUUCCUUGCUUGCAUUCAAUUUAUAAAGAAAAAUUCAAUUCAACUUGUGACAUCAGUACAAUCGAUAUCCAUGAAGAACUAGAGCCAUAUUUUUCCAACAACAAACAACCACUAGGAGAAUUAUUGUUACAAUUUUUUCAAUAUUACGCUUCUUUUGACUUUAUGCAGUAUGCAAUAUCAGUAAGGUGUGCGUCUAUUGUUCCCAUUGAGGAAUGCAGAAACGUCCGCAGUGUGAAGAAUGAUCCUCAUCAUUGGAAGUAUUUAUGCAUUGAAGAGCCAUUUGAUCUUACAAAUACUGCCAAAUCUGUAUACAACCCGGAAAAGUUCGAACAAAUACGCCAUCUGAUUACUACCACUGCACAUACUUUGAUGCAUACAAGGAAUUUGGAAUCUAUAUUUAAAUUGAGCAGCCAGACUGGAUGACCUAGAAAUAACUUGUUGGUUGUAUGGAGAAAAAAGGAAAAAGUACAAAAAAAUGAUAAUAAAAAAAAGACAAAAAAAAUUUAAACCAUCUAUGAAGUAGAAAAGCUACAAAAUAUAUAAUGAAAAACAUUAAAAAAGUUACAAGAAAAGUGAUCGAUCUGAAUGUUGCCAAUUGCGGUCGCUUUUGGUUCAUAUCACCCUCACUUGUCCAUGUAAAUUUUGAAAUUAUGAAGACCGAUAAUUUAAUUUUUAUACGGUAAUGAAAGCAAAUAGAAAACCUAAAAAUCCAACAACAAAAAAAAUAUAUAUAUAUUAAAAAAAGCAAUAAAAAAAAGUAAUAAUGUAAGUGAAGAAAAGCCGUUUUCUUGACUAAUGGAGAACAGUAUAAGGAAAAUGAUGUGUGAUCCCUGCCUUAAAAUAUAUUUAGUAAGCGACAAAUUGUAAACUGCAGAUAUUAAAUAAAUACAUUAAAAAGCA